AUUGUUUGCAUAUAUAUAUGUGCAGAAUGGUAACUGUAUUGUGCAUGAUAUGUUUGGCCAUGAAGUUGUGGAGAAAAUAAAGGAGGAAUACUGUGAUGCAUUUCUAACUGCACACUUUGAAGUCCCAGGAGAAAUGUUUUCUUUGUCAAUGGAAGCAAAGACGAGGGGAAUGGGAGUAGUUGGAUCCACUCAGAAUAUCUUAGAUUUCAUUAAAUACCAUUUGAAGCAAGCUCUGGAUCGGGAUGUUGAUGAUCAUCUUCAGUUUGUAUUGGGAACAGAAUCAGGAAUGAUCACUUCGAUUGUUGCUGCUGUCCGGCAAUUAUUUGACUCCUAUGAAUCUUCCAAAGAAGGUGCUAGCAUUGAAGUAGAAAUUGUGUUCCCUGUUUCGUCAGACGCAAUUUCUAAGACAUCUGUUGAUGAUUCCCAUCAUUUCGGCUCUUCAGUAGCGAAUGAUUUAGAACAGAUUAAUAUUGUGCCUGGUGUGUUUUCUGGUGAAGGGUGCUCUAUCCAUGGUGGCUGUGCAUCAUGCCCUUACAUGAAGAUGAAUUCUCUCGAGUCGCUACUUAAAAUCUGCCAGCAGCUUCCUGGUGAAGACAACAGUUUAUCUGUUUAUCAGGCUAGUCGAUUGAAUGCUAAGACUUCCCUUGGGAAAUUGGUUGCGGAGGUUGGGUGUGAGCCAAUUUUGCAUAUGAGGCAUUUCCAGGUCUUCUGUCCUAUUACUCUUUAGCUUUAAUUCAUGGUGUACAUCACACUACAUCUUACAUAGCACCUUACUGAUUCACUUGCUUGAUUCUGUUAGUAGCAAGAGCAGAGGAAAAAAUCAAGUGAGUGUGUGUGUGUGCACGCAUUCUAUAUUAAAACACAUCUCGCCUACUUGAAAAUAUAAAGUCAACUGCUAUAGCACGCAAA